AUGGCCGCCUCUACUCGUAUCCCACCUAUUGCCCAGCCAUUCGUUAGCGAACAGGCCAAGCGGACCCUUGAUCUGGUCGAGGAAUUCGUUGAAAAAGACUGCAUCCCCGCCGACGCCGUCUUCUCAGCCCAGCUCGGCGAAGGCGAAAAGCGAUGGACCACCAACCCCGCCAUCUUGGAGGGCCUGAAGGAGAAGGCCAAGAAGCUCGGUCUGUGGAACAUGUUCUUGCCUAAGAACCACUUCUCCCAGGGCGCUGGAUUCUCAAACCUGGAGUAUGGAUUGAUGGCCGAAUUGCUCGGCAAGAGCAAGAUUGCCUCGGAGGCUACCAACAAUGCCGCCCCAGAUACCGGUAACAUGGAAGUGUUCGCCAAGUACGGUAACGCCGCACAAAAGAAACAGUGGCUCGAGCCUUUACUGGAAGGCAAGAUCCGCUCUGCUUUCCUAAUGACCGAGCCGGACGUCGCAUCUAGCGAUGCAACAAAUAUCGAGCUUGACAUUCGUCGGGAAGGAAAUGAAUACGUGCUGAAUGGCUCGAAAUGGUGGUCCUCCGGCGCCGGCGAUCCCCGCUGCGCAAUCUACCUCGUAAUGGGCAAGACCGACGCCAAAAACCCCGACUCCUACAAGCAACAAUCCGUCAUCCUCGUCCCAGCCGGACUCCCCGGCAUCACAGUGCACCGCAUGUUGACUGUAUACGGCUACGACGAUGCACCCCACGGCCACGGUCACAUCACAUUCAAGAACGUGCGCGUUCCCGCCUCAAACAUGGUCCUCGGCGAAGGCCGCGGCUUCGAGAUCAUCCAAGGCCGUCUCGGCCCCGGUCGCAUCCACCACGCGAUGCGAGCAAUCGGCGCCGCCGAGCGCGCGCUGGAAUGGCUAAUUGCCCGCGUCAACGACGAGCGCAAGCAGACAUUCGGCAAGCCUUUGGUUGCGCACGGUGUUAUCCUGGAAUGGAUUGCUAAGUCGCGGAUUGAGGUUGAUGCGGCGCGUUUGAUUGUUUUGAACGCUGCUAUCAAGAUCGAUCAGGGUGAUGCGAAGGGCGCGUUGAAGGAGAUCGCUCAGGCUAAGGUUCUUGUGCCGCAGACGGCGCUUACUAUCAUUGAUCGUGCAGUGCAGGCGUAUGGUGCUGCGGGUGUGUGUCAGGAUACGCCGCUUGCAUAUAUGUGGGCUGGAAUUCGGACGUUGAGGAUUGCGGAUGGUCCUGAUGAGGUUCAUUUGCAGCAGAUGGGUAAGCGGGAGAAUAAGUCGAGGAAGGAUGCGGUUAUUGCUAAGUUGAACUGGCAGCGGGAGGAGGCUGAUAGGUUGCUUGCUGCUUCUGGGUUCAAGCCUAAGAGUCACCUUUGA